CUUUUAUCCAAAGCGACUUAUAGUUAUGACUGAACACAAUUUUGAGCAGUUGAGGGUUAAGGGUCUUGCUCAGGGGCCCAACAGCUGCAACUUGUCAGUGGUGGGGCUUGAACCGGCAACCUUCUGAUUACUAGUCCAGUACCUUAACCACUGAGCUAUCACUGUGGUAAUAGCAUUAUUAAUGUUUAAAUCAUGUUACCAUAUAUUGUGUCAAACCUAUUAAGCUAAUUUUAACAGAAUGACUCGUGUAAAGAUGAACAGUAGUAAUACUAAUGAAUUAAUAUGUUGGUGUGUUUUAGUCUGCUGGGCAGGAACCCAGCUGUGUCUUCAUGAAGAAUGAUUAGUCUGUGAAAUAUCAACAUGGAAGACUGUACAACUGAGCUGAGAAAUGUGAGGGGUGUACUCACUUUUGUGAUACACUGUAUGUAUCUCAGUCUGGUGGAGGGUAAGAGAUCAGACUCACCUGAACCCAGCUGUAUUUCUGUGAAGACUGAUCGGUCUAAGGAAGAACCAAAAAACUUCGGAGAUGAGGACUGUUCUACUGAUCUGAGUCUGAUGGAGGGUAAGAGAUCAGACUCGCCUGAACCCAGCUGUAUUUCUCUGAAGAGUGAUCAGUCUAAGGAAGAACCAAAAAACUUUAGAAAUGAGGACUGUUCUACUAAGCUGAGAAACCAAAAGGAGAAAUUAAAAAUCACAAGCAGAGAUAAACUGGAGUCCAUGUAUCAAGGUCUGGAACACAAAAUCUUCACUCUGUUGAAGAAUGAGCUGAACAGGUUUAAAAAGCUCCUAAGUUCAGAUUACCCAGCACACUCUGAAAAGGAGCUGGAGAGUGGAGAUCAUCUAAGUAUCAGAGAUUCAGCAGUGAAGAUCACACUGCACGUCCUGAAGAACAUGAACCAGACAGAUCUUACGUACACACUACAGAAGAAGCUGAUUGCCUCUGCGCUUCAAGAAAAACUCAAAUCUAACCUUACAGGGAAAUUUAAAAAGGUUAAUGAAGGAAUCUCCCAGCAUGGAAGCUCAGCACUUCUGAAUGAGAUCUUCACAGAGCUCUACAUCACAGAGGGUUGGAGUGUAGACGUCAAUAAUGAACAUGAGGUCAGACAGAUUGAAGCAACAUCCAGGAGACCAGCAGCACAGGAGAUUCCCAUCAAAUGCAACGACCUCUUUAAAGACACGUCCAUCAGAACUGUGCUGACUAAAGGAAUCGCUGGAAUUGGGAAAACAGUCUCAGUUCAGAAGUUCAUUCUGGACUGGGCUGAAGGAAAAGCAAAUCAGGAUGUCAUCUUCAUAUUUCCACUUCCUUUUAGAGAGCUGAACUUGAUGAAGCAGGAAAAUCUCAGUCUGAUGGAACUUAUUCAUCAGUUUUUCCCAGAAGUAAAAGUUCUGCCAUCAUUAGACUGUGAUGUUUAUAAAGUUGUGUUCAUCUUUGAUGGUCUGGAUGAGUGUCGACUUCCUCUAGAUUUUCAAAAUAAUGAGCGAUUGUGUAACAUAACAAAGUCAGUAAAAAUGGAUGUGCUGCUGACAAACCUCAUCAAGGGGAACCUGCUUCCCUCUGCUCACCUCUGGAUCACCACUCGACCAGGAGCAGCCAGUCAGAUCCCUCCUGAGUGUGUAGACCAGGUAACAGAGGUACGAGGGUUUAGUGACCCUCAGAAAGAGGAGUACUUCAGGAAGAGGAUCAGUGAUGAGAACCUGGCUAGUAAAAUCAUCAAACACAUGAAGUCAUUAAGAAGCCUCUACAUCAUGUGUCACAUUCCAGUGUUCUGCUGGAUCUCAGCCUCUGUUCUAGAGAGAAUUCUGGAUGAAGUUGAGGGGAAAGAAAUCCCCAAAACUCUGACUCAGAUGUUCACUUACUUUCUGAUCUUUCAGAUAAAACACAAGGAACAAAAGUACCAUGGUAAACCUGACCUUGAUCCACACCAGACCAGUGAGAUGAUACUGGCACUGGGGAAACUGGCCUUCCAACAGCUGGAGAAAGGAAACCUGAUCUUCUAUAAAGAAGACCUGACAGAGUGUGGCAUUGAUGUCAAAAACACAUUAGUGUACUCAGGAGUCUGCACCCAAAUCUUCAAAAAAGAGGCUGGACUGCACCCGGGUCAGGUCUUCAGCUUUGUGCACCUGAGUGUUCAGGAGUUUCUGGCUGCUUUAUAUGCAUUUCUCACCUUUAUUAACAAAAACAGAAAUGUGCUGGUGAAGCAAAACACUGAAUUCUUUAACAUCUUUAGAAACCAUACAAACAUGUCUGACUUUCUGAAGAGUGCAGUGGACAAGGCCUUACAGAGUGAGAAUGGACACCUGGAUCUUUUCCUCCGCUUCCUCCUGGGUCUCUCACUGGAGUCCAAUCAGACUCUCUUACAAGGCCUACUGCCACAAACAGGAAGUAGCUCUUACAACAAAGAGGAAACAGUCAGGUACAUCAAGGAGAAAAUCAGUGAGAAUCUCUCUCCAGAGAAAUCCAUCAAUCUGUUCCACUGUCUGAAUGAACUGAAUGAUGAUUCUCUAGUGCAGGAAGUCCAACAAUACCUGAACAGAGAAGGUUAUGUUCAUCACGAUGGACUCCGUCUCUCUCCUGCUCAGUGGUCGGCUCUGGUGUUUGUGUUGCUGAACUCAGGUCAGGAGCUGGAUGAGUUUGAUCUGAGUAAAUAUUAUCCAUCACAUGAAGGUCUUUUGAAGAUGCUGCCUGUGGUGAAAGAAUCAAAAAGAGCUAAGUUGUGGAAGUGUAAUCUAACAGAGGAAAGUUGUGAAGUUCUGUCCUCAGUUCUCAGUUUAAACUCCUCCAGUCUGAAACAGCUGAUCCUGAGUAACAAUAAACUGCAGGAUUCAGGAGUGAAGCUGCUCUCUGUUGCACUGGAAAAUCCACACUGUAAACUGGGGCUCCUGGGGUUAGAUGGUUGUAAUCUAACAGAGAAAAGUUAUGAAGUUCUGUCCUCAGUUCUCAGUUUAAACUCCUCCAGUCUGAAACAUCUGAACCUGAGUUACAAUAACCUGAAAGAUUUAGGAGUGAAGCUUCUCUCUGCUGGACUGGAGAAUCCACACUGUAAACUGGAGAUACUGGAGUUAAGGGGCUGCAGAAUUACAGAUGAAGGUUUUACUGCUCUGGCUUCAGCUCUGAAAUCAAAUCCAUCAUCACGUCUGAGAGAACUGCAACUGAUCCACAAUCAUCCAGGAGUAUCAGGAUUAAAACUGCUCAUGAAUCUACAGCUGGAUCCACAAUGUAACUUGGAGGAAGUACACUUAAUGCUCUAAUACACAUUGAAUUAUGAGAAGAAGAAGAUGAAGAUCAGUUGAGAUAAACAUCAUCUACUCUUCACACUGGGAUUCUACAUGGUGACACUUUGUUCAGCUUCUUACUGCUCAAAUCUGUAAACAUGCUUUCUGUAUAACUGUGUGCAUGACAUCACUUCCCGUACAAGAUUAACACUAUCAAACCAACUCUGAACUGCUGAUGGUCCUUUAUCUCCUCCUUCUAUACAUGCUUAUUAAAGUAAAUAGAUUGGAGAGUCCAUCAGGUUACUGGUACCUCUAAAACAGAGUAACGGCCCAUGAUGACUGCUUUAGAAAACCCUGCAUUAGCUUGAUGCAUUAGCCUGCUGUUCACGAUCUGGCCUGUAAUGAAGAUGUUCAAAGAAGUUUAAAGCUACUGGAGAUGUUGAGAUUCUGCCCGGAGGAGAACAUGAGGAGGAUUACUCGAGUGGCCAGAGAAUCUCCAAAGAUCUUCACUGUGAAAUUACAGAUGUUAGUGAGGUCUCGAGGCCAGAACAUAUUUCUACAUAACCACAAGAUAUUUAGGACUGGCUGAAGAAAGUCUCUUCUGUAUGAUUCUCAUCCUGGAACUUUCUAAGGGACCUUGUUGAAUGGUAAGAACAGACCUAAAAAGACAUUAAACAGUAGAGGUCCUGGGUUGAGGGGUACAUAAUGCUCUCUUUUUUGCAAGUCCAAAUCAGACCACAGUUUUGUACAGAAUAUUACCCACAAUCCACUGUGAUCCUGUGAUGUUUUUACCAGUAACCAGUGGGUUUUUGGAAUGGUAUAUAUCUAUAAUAUAUAAUAUAAAAUUAUGAAUCAUUUUUAUUUCCAUUUAUAUAUUUGGUAUUUAGCAGAUACUUUUAUCUAAAAUGACUUACAGUACAGUACACAAGCUUUUAUUAAUUAAUACAACAUGUACAUUUAUUUAUGGAGAUCUGGGAUCUCAACAGCUUUUAAACCAUAUUUUGUUACAACCAACAGUAAAUUGUGUGAUUAUGUUUUAACAAUGAUGCUUAGCAUUUGGUUUUGGCAUGUAUUGCAGCAUCUACUUAACAUGUAUAUUUAUAAAAUUUAAUAAUAUUUAUCUGUGAUACUUGUGAACUUUGUAAAUAUGUGACAGUAACAAGACAGUUAGAUGCUGGAAGACACUUGUUGUAAAAAUCCAACUUCAAUAGCAUUUAUACUGUGUUACACAGAGCAUUAAAACAAGCUGUGAAAUGUG